AUGGCUGCCCUCUCUUAUGCUAGCUACGAACCGCUGUUCAAGAUUCUGGCGAAAUCUCAGUUCCAGACGGCUUUUCCGUCACCCAAAACAGUGGAGUCUUGCCUUCAGACAAUACAAGAGUUUCUCACCCUUCAACGUUGCUCAGCCAACAAGUGGAUGAGCCUGAUCAGGACUGGCCUUGCUAGAGCAGUUAAUGUCAUUAGGAAGACUCCACAUGAGAGUGUUUCAGUUCUAUCUUGUGCCACAUGGGACAGAAAAAGUCAGUCCCGAUUUGCAGUGUGUUUUCCUGGUAGCAACCAAACUGAUAAAGUUAUUGAUCACCUGUUCAUUCCACGGGUAAUAAUACUUCUUAUUUGUGGAGUAUCAGCUGUUGUUGGCUUUGGUGCUGUUAUCGCACAUUGGACUGAACCUAUACAAGCAAUGAAAAUGGCUAAUGUUUUGCCCAUGUUUACUGCAGUAUUUGAGAAAGUUCCCUGUUUGGGUCUUAAUAGUCUUAGAAGACAUGUAGUUCAUAUAAGUGCUGCAGCUGGUAUCAGAAGACUACAUCUGAGUGACCAUCAUAAUGAUAUUUAUAUGAUCGCAGGAGAAGAUGACUUCAAGAAUAAAGUCAUGCGAAAUUCUCUUCCUGUGAUUGUCAACUUUCAUGCAGAUUGGUGUGAGCCAUGUCACUCCUUGAAGCCAUUACUUCAAAAGAUUGCUGAAGAGCAUGUUGGACGCCUUCACUUAGCAGAGGUAAUGUGGUACAGUAUUUUAUAGUAUUUUCUUGGUGCA